GGAGAAGAUGCGCCGCGACCGCAUCAACAGCAGCAUCGAGCAGCUGAAACUGCUGCUGGAACAGGAGUUCGCGCGGCACCAGCCCAACUCCAAGCUGGAGAAGGCAGACAUCCUGGAGAUGGCCGUCAGCUACCUGAAGCACAGCAAAGCCUUCGCCGCGGCCGCGGGCCCCAAGAGCCUACACCAGGACUACAGCGAGGGCUACUCGUGGUGCCUGCAGGAGGCCGUGCAGUUCCUGACGCUGCACGCCGCCAGCGACACGCAGAUGAAACUGCUCUACCACUUCCAGCGGCCCUCGGCCGGGUCCACGGCGCCUGCUAAAGAGCCCCAGGCGUCCAGCGCCGUCGCCCCGCCCGUGCGCUCCUCGGUCAAGGCAGCGGCCACCGCCGCCGCCGCGCGCCAACCCGCAUGCGGCCUCUGGCGGCCCUGGUGACCGGGCGACUGCGGGGCCGCCCGGUCUAGGACCAGAGGGCGAGCCGUUCCUCUAGAGUGUAGGGAAGACCUUCCCAGCCGCAGUCCGGCCCCCGGAUGGAACGCACCCUUCUCCGGAAGGCACGCACCCUUCUCCGGAAGGCUCCCUCCCCAGGCUGGCAGGCCAGCAGGAGGGUCAUUCUCAAGAGAAUGUGUGCCAUGUCCUUGUCAUUUUAGGACAAUCAGGGCCCAUUUUCUGCCAAGUGUCUGACCCCAAGGGGUUGUUCUGUGUUUGCAUUUCAGCAAGUGACUUCUGGGAAGUUCCCAUUUGCGGGGUUCUAUGAUAUUUGUAGGGUCAGGGGCUGGGCCUGCCGAAGCCCCAUCCUGUAGAGGACUUUCUUCAGGGCCUGUUGCUGCUGGGCAGGGCCCCUGCAGGCAGGCCGUGCCGUGGGCACGCUUGCCUUUUGUGAAGGCGGAACUCCAGGUGUAUCCUCAUAGGAAGUACUCAGCCUGCUUGGGCGCCUGGACCACGAUGUGGUGGUUCUAAAGUCCACAUGGCUUGGAUGUCUGGUGAAGGCUCAUAGUGGGCUGUUUGGGGAGAGGGGUCUCCACUAUGAUCCUUAAAGGAUUCCUUUGUGUGGGUGGGUGCACCGCAGGAUGAUUUUGUACUUAGAAUUUAAACUCUUCCUCAUGUGAGAGCCCAUGGACUGCUCUGAAAGCUUCUAAUAAAAUCUAUCAUUCUUCACUGUC